AUCCUGUCAGAUUACAGAUUCUCAAGAAAAUCCAAAUAGAAUUGAAAGUCUCAAAACAGGGAUAUUUCUAAAAAUCAACAUUUAAUUAUUAUUUUGUUCUUCAAAAUACAAAGAAAACAAAAAAAACAUUGUAGGUCGAAUUUUUCGAUUGCAUAAAAUGUCCGCAGUGCAUCUUUUACCAGUUUCGGUAUUUUUGUUAUUCCAAGUUUCAUUUAUUGGAUGCUAUAUAGCGGCGGUACUUCAAGGACAUGUUGUGCCAACGGUACCCUACAUCAGCGAUGCUGCAACUUACUCGCCCGAGAGCUGUGUUUUUGGCCAACUCAUGAACAUUGGUGCAGUGUUAUUGGGAAUCACCAUUUACAUACGUUAUCGACAAGUGCUUGAGUUAUAUUGCCAUCAUCCUGAGAUGGGACCUUCUCUACUCAAAUAUAACAGACUUUCAGCUUGGUUUGGAGUUUUAUCUUGCUUUGGAAUCAGCAUAGUGGCGAACUUUCAAGAAACAAACGUUAGAAUUGUUCAUUUUAUUGGUGCAUUUAUGUGCUUUGGUUCUGGUACAAUGUACUUUUGGAUGCAGGCGUUUAUAUCGUAUACAAUUCAACCGAUGGCUGGAACUAAGCUAAGAGCGCACAUUAGACUAGGAAUGGCAGUUUGUUGCACAAUUCUUUUUAUUUUAUUGGCAGUGACUGGAAUUAUGUCGCAUAUAUUGUUUAAGGGAACAAAUCCUCGAAAGUGGUACCCAUCGGAUGGUGGUUGGCGCUUCCAUGUAGUUAGUUCAGUAUCCGAAUGGAUAAUUGCCACAAUAUUUUGCUUCUUCAUUCUGACAUUUACAGACGAAUUCCGAGAUGUGGACUUAGAUCACCCGCAGGUGAUGCUCGCAGCCUAUCGUAUAACAUUGUAAGAAAAAAACAAAACGUAUUGGUAUUGCUUGGUGGAAUACAAAUUGAUUUUGUUUUUUACAAAUGUUUCUUUUGAGCUGUGAUAGGUUAUUCUUCUUAGUUUAAGAGAUACAAUCUUAUUUUUUCCUUUUUCGGUUUUUCUAUUGUUUUUCUUUCUUCUUUUCUUUACUGACCUUUCUUUACAAUUUAAUGAUGUAAAAAGUAUUUAACAGAGUAAAAUAAGAAUUGUAGCUUUACAAUGAGUAAAAAUAAUAAACAAAAAUCUUAUACAUUU